GGCUUGGAAUUCACAACAACCAAAAAGAUCCUGCUGCGCUUCGAGCACGCGUUCUGACCAAGUCUGACUUCCUCCUCCUCUGCCUUGUACAGCUUCUCCCUCGUGAACGAAGAGUUCGCUCUCAGUACUGGACUGGCCAUUCGGUUGGCCUCGUCGCUGCGGCACGCCAACAGCGAGGUAGUGCUGCCUUUCCCGCCAGCCCAGCCUAGCCCAGUGUCCCUGCCUUACCCACCCUUACGUACCCGUACUUACCCCCCAUCCCACUUUUUCGAAAUUGUGCUCUGUCACCCACCGUACCACCAACACCCUCCGACAGUGACGAGCAGCACUUUGAGCUUGCAGUCAAAAUGGCGGACAAACUUACCAGAAUCGCUAUCGUCAACAGCGACAAGUGCAAACCUAAAAAAUGUCGUCAAGAAUGCAAGAAAUCAUGCCCUGUCGUCCGCACAGGAAAGCUGUGCAUUGAGGUAACGGCAGACUCAAAGAUCGCCUUUAUAAGCGAGUCCCUCUGCAUCGGUUGCGGUAUCUGCCCAAAGAAGUGUCCCUUUGAUGCUAUCACCAUCAUCAACCUGCCCACGAACCUUGAGUCCCAGGUCACACACAGAUACAGCGCCAACUCGUUCAAGCUGCAUAGACUGCCGACCCCACGACCGGGCCAAGUCCUUGGCUUAGUCGGUACGAACGGUAUUGGCAAGUCUACCGCCUUGAAGAUUCUGUCCGGCAAGCUCAAGCCCAACUUGGGUCGGUACGACAAUCCGCCCGACUGGCAGGAGAUUCUGAGAUAUUUCCGUGGUAACGAGCUUCAGAACUACUUCACCAAGGUGCUCGAGGACAAUUUGCAUGCCGUUGUGAAGCCACAGUAUGUGGAUCAGAUCCCCAAGGCUAUCAAGGGGCCUGUGACUGCCGUAGGCGAGCUUGUCAAGAGCCGCUCUGCGAACGAUAACUUUGACGAGAUCAUCGACGUGCUUGAACUUCGCCAUCUCUACGACCGAGAUGUCAAGCUCCUAUCCGGUGGAGAGCUGCAACGUUUUGCCAUCGGCACCGUAUGUGUCCAGAAAGCCGACGUCUAUAUGUUCGACGAGCCCUCGUCCUUCUUGGAUGUCAAACAACGUCUCAAUGCCGGCCGCAUGAUCCGCAGCCUGUUGCAUCCUGAUGACUAUGUCAUUGUCGUCGAACACGACUUGUCCAUUCUAGAUUACCUUUCUGACUUUGUUUGCGUGCUGUACGGCAAGCCGGCCGUAUACGGUGUUGUAUCGCUGCCUGCCUCUGUCCGAGAAGGCAUCAACAUCUUCCUCGACGGUCACAUUCCUACCGAGAAUCUGCGCUUCCGUGAGGAGUCUUUGCAGUUCCGCAUCGGCGAGGCUGGAGAAGAAUACGCCGUUGACGCGUCGCGCGCCUACUCGUAUCCGACACUAGAGAAGACUCUUGGCGACUUCCAUCUCAAAGUUGAGAAGGGUGAAUUCACCAAUUCGGAGAUCAUUGUCAUGAUGGGUGAAAAUGGAACAGGCAAGACGACGUUCUGUCGCAUGCUUGCUGGUGCCGAAAAACCCGAUGGCACCAAAAAGAUGCCUCCGCUUAACAUUAGCAUGAAGCCUCAGAAGAUCAACCCCAAAUUCCAGGGCACCGUUCGCCAGCUGUUCUUCAAGAAGAUCAAGGCUUCGUUCCUGUCGCCCCAGUUCCAGACCGACGUGUAUAAGCCGCUCAAGAUCGAUGACUUCAUCGAUCAGGAGGUGCAAAACUUGUCUGGCGGUGAAUUGCAGCGUGUUGCCAUCGUGCUUGCUUUGGGCAUGCCUGCAGACAUCUACGUUAUUGACGAACCUUCGGCCUACCUUGACUCAGAACAGCGUAUCAUCGCCGCACGCGUGAUCAAGCGCUUCAUCAUGCACGCCAAGAAAACCGCUUUCGUCGUCGAACACGACUUCAUCAUGGCUACAUACCUUGCAGACCGCGUCAUCGUGUUCGAUGGCCAACCCGGCAAGGACGCCCGCGCCAACUCGCCCGAGAGCCUGCAGACAGGUUGUAACCGUUUCCUGAAGAACUUGGAUGUCACCUUCCGCCGCGAUCCGGUCUCGUACCGGCCACGCAUUAACAAGUUGAACUCGCAGCUGGAUCAGGAGCAGAAGUUGAACGGCAACUUCUUCUUCUUGGAAGAUGAAAGUUGAGGUUAUUUUUGUUAACGCCAAGGGUGAACGCAACGAUGGAAACGGUCAUGGCAAAUAUGAUAGGGAGAAGAAAAGGGACCGCCGCCGACGCCGUCAACAACAUGGGAAGAGACGGGCUCCUAACCUGCUCGGUAUGAGCUUGGGCGGUGCAGCCGCUCGACCUCGCCGCCAAGCUGGGCUUCCCGACGAGGAGGCCGUCGCUGCGGAAGACGACGACGAAGAUGACAAGGGAGAAGUGUGGCGCGUCUACCUCCUGUCGCAGCGAACAUCUUCUGCCGUCCGAUGGUUUUCGAGGACACAGACCAAGAAGAGCUGUGCGCUGAACGGGUCAAGAUAAGGUGAUCGCCACAGCAGUCAUCACGUCUCACGAUCAGACAAAAAAAUAUCAAGGACGGAUCUGGACCCCGUCUGUUUGCCAUCUGAACGGACCGCAAGUAGAUAGAAAAACAGAAUCUCAUCUCGCACCCUGCGAGGACUAACAUUAAAAUUGAACAAGUCUAGUUAUUUGCACCCUCUCCGCCGAAAUGCCACGCAGAUAUGCUAGGGCGGUCGCGGUGUGACCCUCUUAGCGACCUGGUCUUGAAAACCGGUGUUUCUCUCCUUACUCCCCGCAGAGAAAAAGAAUGUAGUAGCACAUUGAUAACCCUUUAGCGCUCACGCUGCGCGUCACGUGUAAAUGCAUGAAAGGAAGCCUCUUGCUUGCGGAGGUCUUAAACAGACAGGACCUGGCUGGACCUUUGGAGCAGUUCCCGGGUCCUGCUGGUGGCUGCACCUGAGCAAGAGAGAUGAUAAAUGCUGGAUGUUCGGACACUAGCUUGUACCGCAUAGCGACGUUCCGCUGUGAGCACGCAGCAGACAUGACUUGUCGCAGCGGUCGAGUGCUGACGUGACGGAGCGCCUCUGGGGCUGCUAGGCCAGCGAGAUAACGGGAUUGGUUCUCUACACACACUCACACGCACGCACGCGAUGCACGCGAAAUUCAAACUCAGGCAGCACGAACAAACGAAUUCAAACUUUUCUGCAUGCUAAGAAGAAUGGAAAGCUACAUACCGCAAGAUAAACCAGAUGGGAGGGCAAGCACCACGCCUUCACUUUUUCCCUUGCCGCUGCUUGCCUUUGCCAGUCAUUCAUCGGAUAAAAAAAGGAGUUAAAAGAGUCUAUUAGCCAUAAUGUCCUCGAAUCAAGGCAAGGGGCG